ACAGGAAGAUCAGACUUGAAAGAGAACGCCAGUACGCAGCACUUAGGGGAGAGUGAGGUAAAGUGAGACACUGGGUAAUGUGAGACAACCCCUGUAUCUAGGCAACAGAACACAUUUGUGCCCAUGUGACCAUUUUGUUUCCAAGCUCCUCCCAUUUCCCCUUUGCCAUAAAGGAGAGAAGCUCAUUUUGCUCAGGUAAGCAUGUUUUUUCCAACAAAAUGUUUUUUGCAUGUAAAGUAAAUUUUUUUUGGUGUCAACUUAAUCAACUGUUGUGCCAAAGCAAAUUGAUUCUAGUAGAAAAACUUAUAUCAUACCUGUUGAUGAACUACCACCAUAUAAAACCAUGUGAUGGUGCUAGCUGAAGGUUAACCUGAAUUGAUAAGAAAGGUCAUUUUUUUUUUUAAAAAUGGUGGAGGUGGGGUAAAUUGAGACAAAGUCUGUGGGGUAAUGUGAUACAGUGUCUUACUUUACCCCCACCAUGAGGCACAGGUUAAGUUUAGUUGUAAACAUAUUUUAAUGUAAUAUUACACUGCAUAUGUAAUGUAAUAUUACUAUUAAUUACAUAUUAAUUAAUAUGUAAUGUUACAUUUUUAUUUUAAAUGUCAUAAACAUUGUAGAAAAGCCAUCAUGCCAAGGAAAUACACCAGGAAGACAACCUAGGGCAAAACACCCCUCGAGGAGAUGGAGAGUGCAGCCGCUAAAGUCAAGGAAGGAAAGAAGUCUCUAAGAGCAGCUGCAAGGGAUAGAAAUAUUGACAAGUCAAGUCUUUUAAGAUUCAUAAAGAAAAAAGAGAAAGGGGAAGUAAAAUCGGUAGCCUGGGGUGCAGUAGCUGAGGCAAAGAGAAUUAUUACAGAUGAGAUGGAGGAGGAGCGUGCCAAACACUUGAAACAACUAGUUUCAUUGGCCUUCUUCCAGUUAAGUCCCAUCAACUGGCCUUUGAAUAUGCAGAAAGGAAAAAUAUCCCUGUCCCUGACAAUUGGACAAAGACACAAUGUGCAGGUAGGCUAGGGUGUGCAAGAGAUCCCAUGAUUCUGUAGGUUAAUUAAGGCCAACUGAUCUUGGCACACAGCUAAAUCUUAUAAUAAUGAAUUGUCUACUCUAGGUGAAGAUUGGUUUUGCAGCUUCCUAGCACGUCGCCAUCUCUCUUUCCGAACUCCAGAGGCAACAUCCCUGGGAAGAGCUACAGCCUUCAAUAAAACUACAGUCAGGGAGUUCUUUGACAAUCUGGCUGUAGUUAUGGACAGGCAUGCCUUCCCUCCACACAUGAUUUACAAUGUGGAUGAAACAGGUGUCUUUACGGUACAAAAGCCACAGCAGGUUGUGACGGAGACAGGAAAAAAGCAAGUUGGUUCUGUCACAUCGGCUGAAAGAGGAGAACUGGUGACUGUGGUGUGUGCAGUGAAUGCUGCUGGGAAUGCCAUACCUCCCAUGUUUGUCUUCCCCAGAGUCAAGUUUAAGGAUUGCUUCAUGACAGGAGCACCACCAGGAGCCAAAGGUACCGCCACCAAAACGGGAUGGAUGAAUGAAGACAUCUGGCCUGAGUUCCUUGAUCACCUGAUACAGCACACUAACUGCACCCCUGAUCGUCCCAUGCUGCUACUCCUGGAUAAUCUAAAAGCUCACAUCUCACUCAAGGCAAUAGAAAUGUCCAAGAGCAACGGAAUUGUUCUGCUCACCCUCCCACCCCACACAUCCCAUCGCAUGCAGCCUCUCGACGUGACCGUGUAUGGCCCGUUCAAGACCCAAUACAGCCGUGCUCUUGAUGGGUGGAUGAGGUCUAACCCUGGCAAAACAGUCUCCAUCUACCAGACUGCAGGACUUGUGAAUGAGGCUUUCAUGUCAGCAGUGACACCACGUAACAUCACUUCUGGAUUUAGGUCCACUGGGAUUUUCCCAUAUAACCAAGACAUUUUCCCUGAUGAAGCGUUUGCACCAUCCAUGGUGUUAGACCGGCCAAACCCUGAGCUGCAGCCUGCCAAUGCAGAUGAUCUGGAUGGUCCACCCCCUGCAGAUGAUCCACCUGCAGACGAACCACCAGCUGCAGAUAAAUCACCCGCUGAUGCUUAUCCAUUCACUGCGCAUGGCCCACAUGGAUGUGCCUCGCCAGCUGAUUCAGAUGUGCUACGUGUUCCCAGCCGAACUGGAUAUGUGUCUCCCCGUGAAAUACUACCACUUCCCAAAUGUCCCCAUAGAACACAAACCAAACGAAAGCGUGUGAAGACAGCCAUCAUAACUGAUACUCCUGAGAAGCAGGCAAUUGAAAAGGCUUAUAAAAAAGACAAAAGAAACUGGCGGGGAAAAAGCAAAAUAGCAAAGAAAAGGGAAAACAGUAAAAGAAAGCAACCAAACGGAAAAUCGUAGUUAGCAGCUCUGAGGAGAGUGAUGUCCCUGUCCCAUUUGAUAAUGAAGAAGAGAGCUCUGAGGAUGAAAGAAGUGAUCCAGGAAACAAAGAUCUGUCUGUGGGUGACUUUGUCAUGAUUAACUUUACAACCAAACACAGGAACCUCUGGUAUAUUGGCAUAGUUGAAAAAGUUGAAUUGAAUGAAUGAUGAAAUUCUUACCCAAUUCCUUAGAAAAAUUCAGGGAAUACCAAAAGUGUGGGAGAGACCCACAUUUGCUAUUAAAGAAAAAGAUGUGGCACAUGUUACCAAAGCAGAUGUGGUGAAGAAGCUGCCUCAACCUAAGAGGCGUGGAGGGACCACACGUAGAGAACAACUCUUCAUCUUUCCCUGCAAUCUUCAGGGCUGGAAUGUGGAGUAGUUGUAGAGGCCUACUGUAUUUGUAGAGAAUGACUGAUGCUCUGAUUGUGGAUUUAGUCCUGUUGAGUCCCAGGCUGUUCUAGCUCGCUCUAAUGGUCCUGUGUUCUGACCCCGAGACUGUGUUCCAUUUGCUGUCUUUUUUAAGUGUCUCUGUUCAAUUGUACAUAGGCUCCUGGCAUUUUUAUAUUAAGACUUUUAUAUACAUAUAAAAAAGGGAUAUUUUGUAGUGUAGGAGUUGAGUUGCAGCAAGGUGAUUCAUACCUCUCAUUUGAAUGUUAAUAAAACAUUUUGAAUUACAUUAUGUUGUAUUUGAUUUUGUUUAGAAUUACUUUCAAGUGUUGUAGGAAAAAAUGUGCUUAAGAAAAUGAAUGGUGUUAAGAACUUUUCCUUACCUGUUCUAGAAUUUAAUGGGAAAAUAGCUGUUAGUAAUAAAGAAAAAGCUGAGUUAUUAGCGGAAACAUUACAUUUUAUAUCUUCAGAAAAUUUAUCUGAAGAUAUAACAAGUUAUAAAGAGAAGAUUUUAGCUGACAAUCCAGGAGUCACCAACAAGAGAAUGGUUACAAAUCAAGAUUUAGAUACACCUUUUAAUUUGUAUGAGCUGAAAAAAGCUAUUUUUAAUGUUAAACAGUCAACACCAGGAAAAGAUGGAGUUUGUUAUAUAAUGCUUAAACAUUUAAAUGAUAUAUCUCUUACUGUUAUUUCAAAACUGUUUAAUCUGAUUUGGGAGACGGGUGUUAUUCCUGCGGCAUGGAAACAGUCUGUUAUAAUUCCUGUGUUGAAGCCAGGUAAAAAUUCAACCGACCCUUCAAACUAUAGGCCUAUAGCUCUUACAUCUCAAUUAGGGAAAACAAUGGAGAGAAUUGUAACAAAUAGACUAUCAUAUUUUCUUGAAAGUAAAAAUUUUAUCUGUCCUUUUCAAAGUGGUUUUCGUAAAAGAGAAAUACGAUGAAUGCGUAUGUUGUGGAGCUUUUAGAUCAUCUCCUGUGGCUGCUUUGCAAGUUGAAACUGGUGAGCUUCCUUUAAGGUUAAGAAGAUUGAAACUAAUGUAUGUGUAUUGGGUAAAUCUACAGGGACAUAAUAAUGAUCAUCCAACUAAGACGGUGCUACAGGACUGUUGGGAGCAUCAUAAAUCUAAUUCUAACAGCUUUGGGUGGAUUGGGGACAUCAAAGCUCACAAUUUGGGGUUGACUCAGUUCAAGUACAGUCUUACAGUUCCACAGUCACCAAUUCCACCAUGACUAUUUAUCACACCAGAAGUUGAUCUACAGUUAGGGAAACUUCUUAAAAAGGGAAAGACUCCAGAAUGGGUUAUAGUUAAUAAUUAUUUUGCAAUAUUUAAAAAUAGUAUAAUUAUAUAUACAGAUGGAUCUAAAGAUCCUAAUAGUGGCAGAACAGGAGAAGCUGUGAAUAUCCCACAUGUUAGGAUAUCAACAAGGUCAAGUGGAACGAGCUGUUUAUCCCAGAACUGCAUGGCACACUUAG